UCUGCGUCAGACAGCUCCAUUCAUGAAAAGUGUGACGUGGGCAGGUCUUCAGCGACCCGGUGACGCUGCCGGCCACCCACUCACGGGCCAGGUGCUGCGGGAGUCAGAGGAAUGUCUGUCAUUCUCCAUCCUCUGUCUCCCUCUCUCCGUGUCUAUCUUGUUGUUUUUGUCCAGUCCUGACCGUCAGCUCAGUAUUUCUCCCCCCGGCUUUUUAUUUCUACCCCCCCUUCCCUCCAUCCCUGCCUUGGAGCUGAGAGAGGACCAUGAAUCUGAGCUCUGUCUGCUGUGAUUUUCAGCAUUCAGACAAACCAGUGUGUUAGGACACACCCAACUCAUCAUCACUGGCUAGCCCAUGCACGACACCAUGGGUAGCUCCCCCGAGGUGCUCUCGUGGACUUCCUGCCCCAGUCUGCUGGUGGGCAAGCUGAAGGAGGAGCUCAAACUCACUGUAGUUGGGGAUGCGAUGAAGAAAUCAAACUCGCCCAACUCCCAACCUCAGCCUCCUCAGGCCCCUCCGUCCAAUUUACCUCCUCAGAUUAUCACAGAUUUGGCCCCACCGACACACCUGGCCGUUCCUCUGCAGACACUACAGACACCCGGCCAGGACGACGACUCAAUGCUGGGGGGUAUAAGUCCCCCGAACACAGCCUUGAGCGUGGACUCGACACGGAGCGAGGGCGGACACUUUGACAACAGUGUGCUGCAGCUGCAGGAGCAGGACCAUGAGGAAGCUGGAUCGCCAGCCUCCUGUGAGCACGGUGGUUGUGGCAGUGGGAUGGAGGAGCAGAUGGGAGAAGGGCACUGUCCCGUGGACCACAGUGGAGAGGGGAGACAGGGUCACCCACAUCACCCUGAUGACAUCAAGCUGCACUUCCACAGAGCGGGGCCUGGUUCAGGUGGUUUCUUAGAGGGGCUGUUUGGCUGCCUUCGGCCUGUCUGGAACAUCAUAGGGAAGACAUACUCCACAGAAUACAAGCUACAGCAGCAAGAUAUGUGGGAGGUUCCAUUUGAAGAGAUUUCAGAGUUGCAGUGGCUGGGCAGCGGUGCACAAGGAGCCGUCUUCUUGGGCAAAUUUCGCUCUGAAGAGGUGGCCAUCAAGAAGGUGCGCGAGCAGAAGGAGACAGACAUUAAACACCUGCGAAAACUGAAGCAUCCAAAUAUCAUCAGCUUCAAGGGUGUAUGCACUCAGGCCCCCUGUUAUUGCAUCAUCAUGGAGUACUGUGCCCAGGGCCAGCUGUACGAGGUGUUGAGGGCGGGGAGGAAAGUAACCCCCAGGAUGCUGGUGGACUGGGCCUCAGGCAUCGCCAGCGGCAUGAACUACCUACACUUGCACAAGAUCAUCCACAGAGAUCUCAAGUCUCCCAAUGUUUUGGUCACCCACAAUGACACUGUGAAAAUCUCUGACUUUGGGACGUCCAAAGAGCUCAGUGACAAAAGUACAAAGAUGUCGUUUGCGGGCACGGUGGCCUGGAUGGCGCCAGAAGUGAUAAGAAAUGAGCCUGUGUCUGAAAAAGUAGACAUAUGGUCAUUUGGAGUCGUCCUAUGGGAGCUGCUGACUGGAGAGAUUCCCUACAAAGACGUGGACUCCUCAGCUAUAAUUUGGGGUGUUGGCAGCAAUAGCCUUCACCUUCCUGUCCCCUCCACCUGCCCAGAUGGCUUCAAAAUCCUCAUGAAACAGACAUGGCAAGGCAAGCCCAGGAAUCGACCCUCGUUUCGUCAGAUCCUCCUACACCUCGAUAUUGCCUCUGCUGAUGUCCUAGGAGCUCCUCAGGAGACCUACUUCAAGUCUCAGUCAGAAUGGAGGGAGGAAGUGAAGAAACAUUUUGAGAAGAUCAAAAGCGAAGGCACCUGUAUCCACAGGCUGGACGAAGAGCUGAUCCGACGCAGGCGGGAUGAACUCAGGCACGCUCUGGACAUUCGGGAGCACUACGAGAGGAAACUGGAGAGAGCAAACAACCUCUACAUGGAGCUCAGUGCCAUCAUGCUGCAGCUGGAGGUCCGAGAAAAGGAACUAAUGAACCAUCCCUGUAGGAGAGAGCAGGCAGUGGAGAAGAAAUAUCCCGGCACCUACAAGCGCCACCUGGUCAGACCCAUCGUCAGGUCCAAUGCUGUAGAGAAGCUCAUCAAGAAGAAAGGAAGCAUGUCCCACAAACCUGGGAUGCCCCCGACUAAAAGGCCAGACUUGCUUCGUUCAGACGGCAUCCCCAGUGUCGACCCUCUCCCCUCACCUUCACCCCUAUCAGCCAGCCCGAAGGUCUCCACGCCUCCUGGCAAAGCCCGGUACAGAAGCAAGCCUCGCCACCGUCGCGCCAACAGCAAAGGAAGCCACAGUGAGUUCCCCGGGCUGCUGAAGCCUGUUGCUGGGCCACUAGAAGACACCCAGUCUCUUCAGGAGCAGCAGUUCCACCAUCACCACCACCACCACCCACCGACUGAAGGGCCCUUCCUUCCCUUAAAGGGCCGCGAGGAGGCCGUCGUCAACUGUGCCAACAACCUGCGCUACUUCGGCCCCGCCGCUGCCCUUCGCAGCCCUCAGACGGACCACCUACAGCGCCGUGUGUCUGGCUCCAGCCCUGACCUCAUAUCCACUGCUGUGGAUGCAGACACGCGACAGCGGACUUCAUCCACCAGCUCCAAUCCCGUCCCGGGUGCUGGUGCUGGUUCUUUGUGUCCCUGCUGCCAAGCUCACCCCUUCCCUGGCUGCCUACACUGUCAGGAGACGCCUCCUGUAUCCAACCACCCGGAGUUGCCCCACUACUCGCUGCUCAACACCCAGGAAGGCGCUCCAUCUUCUUUAGUUGUUCCAGGCAAAGGUCCAGCCUCAGACGGAGAAGCCACAAAGGAGGCUGAGCCACAAGAACAAGAGGCAUGCCAACACACUUACGCCCUGCCCUCUGCACUGCCCCGCACUCUCAGACCUCUCAGGAAGGGUGGCGAUGAGUCAUCUGAAGAGGAAGAGGGGGAGGUUGAUAGUGAAGUGGAGUUUCCAAGGAGACAGAGACCUCAUCGCUGCAUGAGCAGCUUCCAGUCCUACUCUACCUUCAGCUCAGAGAACCUGUCGGUGUCUGACGGAGAGGAGGGAAACACCAGCGACCACUCUCACAGCGGGCCCCUGGAGAGGAUGAGCACCAGUCAGGAGGAGCACCUGGAUGAGCUGCUGUCGCACACACCGGACAUCCCCAUCGACAUCUCCACCCAGUCGGACGGCCUCUCUGACAAGGAGUGCGCCGUCCGCAGGGUGAAGACCCAGAUCUCACUGGGGAAACUGUGCUCAGACGAACACAGCUACGAGAAUCCGCUACAGUUUGGGGACUCCGACUGUGAUUCAUCAGAAGCGGAGUGCUCCGACGCCACCAUUAGAAACAACAAAGCUGGAGCUCCUUCCUCGUGGUGAAACCACCCCCCCCCGGGGCUCGGUUUUGUUUUUGCCUGGAGGCCAUCGUGUCCCACUCUGCCCUGCAGAGAAAUACAGCAAUAAGAGGACAACCUUGUAAACAAAGCUCCCUAUAGCAAACGCCCCAUGCAAUCUCUCCCAGAACCCCCCGUCCACCCUCGACCCCUUCCCUAUAGAAAAUCCACUCUUCUUCAUCUCUAGCACAGCAUCCAGGCAAACCCAUGGCAGGGAUUCCCUUUUGAAUGAUAAUGUACAGUAGAUAGUGUAACAUUCAUAAUUUAUUUUUGUCUGAGUUUUGAAGGAAAAUUCAGGACCUCUGUAUGUUCUCUGAUCCGAACAGAGGAGAAAACAAAAAGAAAAAAAAAAGACAUUUUGAAACUGAGUAUAGGCUACCUGUGUGUUGGGGAGAGACUGAGUUUGAAUGAAGAUGAUGAUGAUGAGAAGGAGAUGGAUGUAUCAGAGGCUGACAAGUAGGAGUGUGGAGUUACAUCACUGCUAUUGCUGGUCUCUCAGGUGACUGACGCAGAUUUGAUUUGGCUCUCAGCAUCUUACCGUUUUAGACCAACCCCAUCCCCCAACCAACGAGAACUCCCUCUCCUUAAAGUAAGAUCAGUUUUCUUUAUCAUGAGUUUACAGUUAUCCCACGCCUCCCCCACUUUUAUCCCGCCCUCCCCCCCACCAUGGUGAGUGGGGAACAGGGAGCUCAUGAAAAAAAAACAACAACGUGUGAACACCAGCAUGAACAACCUGCCUCGCAACCAGAUUCCCUCCGUCCCUAGAAAAAAACUACCGUAAUAUGUGUCGAGUCAUCAGGAUCCCUACUGAACUGUCCAAGCAUGCCUGCGCAGCUCGCAAGAGCUGCCAGAAGACUGCAUGAAGUGGACGAGCUAGCUGUGCAACGGAGGUGAAGACUCGGCUGACAGCUAAGGAAAAGAUUUAAAAAAAAAAGGGGGACUCUUCCUCUGUUACCCGGCUCAUCCUUCUCCAAGACACGCCAACGUCACUGUCAUCGUCAAUCAGAUGUCAUGACCAGAGUUGUUGAGGGAGUUAUCUGUGUGUGUGUGUGUGUGUGUGUGUGUGUGUGUGUGUGUGUGUGUGCGUGUGUGUGUGUGUGUGUGUGUGUGUGUGUGUGUAUGGAGAACACAAAGCCCUUUCCUCUCCAUUAGACAUUACAGUUUCAAGUCUCAUCUCAGGAUUGUUCGUGGACAGUGAUAAACUGGACUGGACCAAUAGUUGUAUGUAGGAGUCUUCAUUGGAGUGGCACAUAUUAUGGACCAUGCAGGAAUAUAUAUAAAAAAAAAAAAGAUAGCCUUGAUGUUCAACCCGUUAUUGCUGUCAUGAACACUAAUGUUAUGUCAACGAUGUAGAGAGUGUUUUAGUUGCAAUCCAGGUGCAGUAUCCUCUUUUUUUCCUCUUUUUUUUUUAAAUCAUGAGGUGCAGCAUCUCCCAUGUACCAUUUUCUAGCAGGGUAAUUUAUACUGUCUGAUAAGCAAUGUCCAAAAAAAAAAAAAAAAAAAAAAAAGCUUCCUGUUUUACUGUGCUGUAGUGAAUAAAACAGCAAUAAUGUAGGUUGGCACUCAGGUGAGAAUGAAGUUGCUUGCUCAGGAUCCGGGGCGUCUAGCUGGCUAGACACGAUACAGUGACUGGUGGCUAGAGGAGGGCAGCAAGUGUCAAACAGAUUAUUAUAGAUAGUAUAUUUUUAAAUUGUCCCUUUUUUCUGGUGAACCUUUCCAGAUAUUGAUGCUCAGGUUUUAUGUUGCCGAUUGACAGCAGGAGCAAUAUAUCAACAGCCACUAGAUGGCGACAGUCACAAUGACUUACUUUUCCUUGUGCUACGUAAACGUCCUGGUUCCAUUCCCUUUUUUAGGUUAUUUAUCUAUCUGUUUCCCGUGACCAUAAAAAUCCAAGAAUCCCAGCAGUAUUAUUUUAUUUUGUCACGUUGUCUUUGACAAGGGAUACUGCAUCUGUGAGGGCUUUUAUUUUUACACAAAUAAAGAGUGUUUUUGUCCAUCACCUUAAUGACUUUGCGAUUGAAAAUUAGCUGAAAUAAACGAUAAUGAUGUCAAGAUGUCAGCUCAAGUGUAUGCAGGCGGCUGAGUUUCUAAGUUAGGAAUAUAAGCCAGAGACCACAGGCCACAGAGCAACAAACCUGCUCUUGGUUUCCAACAGCCUCAUCUCAGUGUUAGUUACUCCUGUAUAUAAACAUCUGUAAAUGUAAUGUAACUCAUUUUAUUAUUAUUUUUUUGUCCUCUCUCUUUAACGUAUUGCACAGCUCUGACAGAGCAUCGAGCUUCUGUCACUGUGCAGCAGAAAAACCUGUAUUACAUCAGUAUUGAACACUGCAGGUGGGUGUGAGUCAUGAGCGGCACAGGGUGAAUCUAAAACUGUACUGAUGGAUAAAUUCCCUUUCGCUUGAAAGGCUUACACCUGGUUCUGAAAGCAGCUGCUGCCUUUCCUUGAGCCUCCUUCAACCUUCUUCACUCUGUUUACGUACGUGUGAAAUAACCUAGUUUAUUGUAAUGGCUGGGUAAUCCGAUCAAGCUGUUAAUAACAUUGUCUUUCUGGCAUAUAUCCUGUGAAGUAUGAUUGUUGUAAAGUUUUAAUUUAAUUUUGAUUCUUUUAUUCUUUUUUUUCUUUGUAGCUGGCCUACAUGAUUAUUGAAUUAAUUUAUUAUGAAUGACUGGUAAGGUGUUCUUUUUAAUUUCAGGCAGCUUUAGAAAUGUCAUGACCUAUGAUUUCUCCUGAAAAGUAUUAUUUAAAGGAAGCACAAUGGAUUGGUGUAUCGGGAAGAGGACAGUAUUGUGUAUGGUAGAACAAAGGCAUUGUCAUAUCACAGGAAUCUGAUGUCAUUUUUAUCUUUAUUGUGACCCUGCAAGGGACCAUUCAUCGUUUAGAUCAUCUUUGUGAAUAAAGUAUUGAUUUAGCAGACUUAACAUCAGUAAUUAGCAACACAAAGUGUUCCUAAAGCUUUUUUUAUCUUCACAAAGGCUAUAAGGAAUCACUUCUAGUAAAACCAAAAGCCAGUCAGUGGACUGUCACAGCAGGGUAAAAUGAGACAUUAAGCCUGAAGGCAUGUGUGAUGCCGAUUUCUGUACUUCUGCAGAUAUCCCUUCCUCUCAUUUUUAAUCAAAAUACCAGUUACUCACAUUUGAAUUUCUGUGAAAUUGUCUCUAACUGUGGACAUCAUGUUGCCUCAUCCCAUGUAUCAAACAUCUGUUUCUUUGUUACUCUCAUUUCCAACUCCCUUUCCUGUUGAACGGCAUAACGAUCAACCAAUCCUGUCAGUUUCCUGUAUUAUCCAGUGUACAGUGCAAUGGGUAUCUGGGAGAAUAAAAUCAGAGCAAACAACUGCAUGGAAUAAAUGCUGAUGUACUGUACCCAA